GCAGAUUUCUUUUGCAGUCGUGCGCGGCCAACUCUUGAACAGCAGCUUUUCCGCGCAUGUCGGUCUCUUUUCGGCUGCCUGCAUUACGAAGCGAUCAGCCAUGCUUAAGUCAAAAAUAAUAAAGCCACAAGGCCAAGCACCCGAUGAAUUCGAGCAGACGAUCGCUCAGGCCCUUCUGGAGCUGGAAAUGAACUCUACCGAUCUCAAGUCACAGCUACGAGAACUUUACAUCUCUGGAGCCAAGGAAAUAGAUGUAUCCGGCAGGAAGGCCAUUGUUAUCUCUGUCCCUGUGCCGCAAAUCAGAGCCUUUCAAAAGAUCCAGACCCGUCUAGUACGUGAACUUGAGAAGAAGUUUAGUGGCAAGCAUGUAGUCAUUGUUGCGCAGAGGAGAAUCCUUCCCAGACAAACAAGAAAGUCACGAAACCAAAAGCAAAAGAGGCCCAGAAGUCGAACUUUGACUGCUGUCCAUGAUGCAAUCCUUGAGGAUCUGGUCUUCCCAAGUGAAAUUGUUGGAAAGAGGACACGGGUGAAGAUGGAUGGUUCAAGGCUAAUCAUAGUUCACCUUGACAAAACACAGCAGACAAAUGUGGAUCACAAGCUGGACACUUUCCUCAUGGUGUACAAGAAGCUCACAGGCAAAGAUGUGACGUUUGAGUUCCCAAGCUAUGACUGAAAAAUGUGGUAGAAAAAUUCAAUAAAUGUCAUCUUAGAUGUGCUAUA